AUGCAAAUUUUUGUCAAAACCCUCACUGGUAAAACAAUCACACUCGAAGUUGAACCAAGUGACACUAUUGAGAAUGUCAAAGCGAAAAUCCAGGACAAAGAAGGUAUACCACCUGAUCAACAACGUCUCAUUUUCGCUGGAAAACAAUUAGAAGACGGCCGCACGUUAUCAGAUUACAAUAUACAAAAAGAGUCAACCUUGCAUUUAGUUCUUCGUUUACGUGGUGGAAUGCAAAUUUUCGUC